GCAUAUAAUAUUUUUAAACUAAGCAGUGAAAAGUAAUUCACGCGCGUACGUACGUCAGUUAGUACUCAUGCCUACAAAAUUACAAUGGAUUUCAUUACAAUGUUGAGCAAUCAUGAGUUACUGAGUUUUUGAAAAAAAUUAGUUAUAUUAAAUAGUCUUAAUCUUUGUUAUCGCUCGAAAAAGUGACAUGGAAAAUAAUAAUAUGACAUAGGAAAUAAGUAAAGCAAAGAUUUCUAACGUUGCUCUUAGCAACAGUUUUGAAUGUAUUUUAAAGUAUUAAAAACUGUUAAUGUUUAACACAAUUGCUUUGUAUCUAUCGUAUCUAUCGGUGAAUAACUAAUAAUAGAUAGAUACAUUAGUGAAUGGAACGCAAUGCGUAGACAAUAAGUUAACUGAAAUGUUAAGAGCGAUUGUUACAGAGUUAAUUAAUAUUUUACAUCGGUGACAUUAAAUGUUCUAAUCGUUCUAAUCAAGAUUUUGUCAAUUUGAAUUUCCCGCGUGAAGGCAGAUUCUAACCUCACUCAGUAGCGUAUGAAUUUAACCACGUCUCCGGGUGUUCCGAAUAACCUAAAAAUCUCGGUGGAGCCGCAUGGCACGCAUAUCGUGAACGUGCACCGCGCAUCCACUUUCACGGCGAGUGCAGAUGCUUAGACGCGCUUUGCAUCAGGUCGCGAGUAGGUUAGCGACAUACGGCUUGUCCAAGCACGUUCCACUCGCGAGACCGCCCGUCAGAAACGUCACGUCCACCGUUAGCCUGCUCGAUUUCAGCCGGUGGGGCACCAAGAAGGCAAACAGAAAGGUGAAGAUCGCCCUCGCGCUCGAUAUGAAUCCUGAAGUCGAAGCAGCUCUGGCGCCGCUCCGGGCGAGCGUCAAGGAACAAGGUGACUAUGUACGGAAACUGAAAUCUGACGGUGCUCCGGAGUUAGACAUCAAAAAGGCCGUGGCAGAAUUGAAACUGCGCAAGAAAGUACUGGAAGACAAAGAGCUGCUUCUUGCGUCUGACAAUGUGACCUUCGAUAGAGCAAGAAUGGAGGAUCUCUUGAAGCGUAGAUUCUUCCUGGACCAAUCCUUUGCGAUUUAUGGUGGUAUUACCGGCCAAUACGACUUCGGGCCUAUGGGCUGCUCGUUGAAGACGAACCUGAUAAAUGCCUGGCGGAGCUUCUUCGUGCUGGAGGAACAGAUGCUGGAAGUCGAUUGCUCCAUUCUGACACCCGAGCCCGUGCUGAAGGCAUCCGGCCAUGUGGAAAGAUUCGCUGAUCUGAUGGUGAAGGAUACGAAAACUGGCGAGUGCUUCCGGUUGGAUCAUCUGAUUAAGGCGCACCUAGAAAAGAUAAUCUGCGAUAAGAAAACGGACGAGCAAACGCGCGAGGAAUGCAGAGACAUCAUUAUCAAGCUGGACGGCAUGACGAGGGAUGAAAUGGCCGGGAUUUUAUUAAAGUAUAAGAUGAAAUCACCCGUUUCCGGUAACGAUCUAACGGAACCGAUAGAAUUCAACCUGAUGUUCGGCACGCAAAUUGGCCCAACGGGCCUCGUCAAGGGUUUCCUGAGACCGGAGACGGCGCAAGGUAUCUUCGUGAACUUCAAGAGAUUGCUAGCGUUCAAUCAGGAACGAUUGCCUUUCGCUGCGGCUCAGAUCGGCAACGCAUUCAGGAACGAGAUCUCGCCGCGGUCAGGCCUGAUACGCGUCCGUGAGUUCACUAUGGCGGAGAUCGAGCACUUCUGCGAUCCGAACGACAAGAGUCAUCCGAAAUUCGAGACAGUGAAGGACAUGAGCAUGCUGCUGUACUCGGCUUGCAAUCAGAUGGAUGGCAAGAGCGCGCAGCGUAUCACCAUAGGCCAAGCCGUCUCGUCCGGCCUCGUGGCGAACGAGACCCUGGGUUAUUUCAUGGCCAGGAUUCAUCAGUUUCUGCUGAAAGUCGGCAUUGACCCGGCUCGUCUGCGCUUCCGUCAGCACAUGAGUAACGAAAUGGCGCAUUAUGCCUGCGACUGCUGGGACGCUGAAUGCCUGACCUCUUAUGGAUGGAUAGAGUGCGUGGGAUGCGCGGACCGAUCAGCGUACGAUCUAACACAGCACACCAAGGCUACCGGCGUGAAGUUGGUGGCGGAGAAGAAGCUACCUGCCCCGAAAACGGUGGGCGUCUGCGAGAUCGUGCCGAACAAGGUGCUAAUCGGCAAAACGUUCAAGAAGGACAGCAAAGCCGUUCAGGACACGCUGGCGGCGUUAGGCGAGAAUGAGAUCGUGUCUUUGGAAAAAUCACUUAACGCGAACGGAGGGCACGAGCUGACGCUGUCCAAUGAUACCGUCGUGAGGAUCACUAAAGAGAUGAUAGAGGUGAAGCGUUAUCAGAAGACUGUCCAUGUCGAGGAGAUUAUACCGUCGGUGAUUGAGCCCUCCUUCGGAGUCGGUCGUAUCAUGUACGCCCUGUUCGAGCAUAACUUCCGUGCCAGGGAAGGCGAUGAGAAGAGGACGUACUUUGCUCUGCCGCCGGUAGUAGCACCGUUGAAGUGCUCGGUGUUACCGCUCAGCGGCAACGAUGAAUUUGUGCCUUUUGUAAAAAAAUUAUCACAAGAUCUUACAAGAGCGGAUGUCUCGCACAAAGUGGAUGAUUCGUCCGGUAGCAUAGGACGCAGAUAUGCACGUACUGACGAAAUAGCAAUACCAUUCGGCAUUACCAUUGAUUUCGAUACUCUGAAGAUGCCUCACAGCGCAACUCUUAGAGACAGAGACAGCAUGGGUCAAGUCAGAAUAAACCUGGAUGAGCUGCCCAAUGUUGUCAGAGACCUUUCCUAUGGAAGGACCACUUGGACGGAAGUAGAAGCGAAGUAUCCCAAAUUCGAACAGCAGGAGUCAACGGAACCAUGAAGAGAAAGUAGAUAGACCUGGGAAUAAUUUAUUUGUACUAUAUAAAUGUAUACUACGAAGCAUUUUUAUACAUUCAAUUUGCCUGCCAGUGAAGACGUAAUUUGCAUUUAAUUCCGUUGUUUCCAAUAACCUGUCAAUUAAAAGAUUUAAUCUUGUGAUUCUUUACAGUGAGUUUUGAAAUUUCUGUAAUAUGCAGUUAUGCAAAGAAUAAUUUCAAGAAUUAAAUUUUUAUUGUUAUACAAAUUAUUUCCAACUUUCCAAUUUAUUGGCAUGACACUCCAAUCAUUGUUUUUACUCAUUCACGAGUUCUUAUGAAAUAUGUAAGUAAUAAAGAUCUGUUCGUUUGUAA